AGAGAGAGAGAGAGAGAGAGAGAGAGAGAGUGGGUGUUAUUCUCGGGAAGCCAACCUAAUCCGUCCUUUUUCUUCCCUUGUCUCUUCUCCUCCUUGUGGGGGGUAGAGAGAGAGAGCGUGUGCGUGGGUGUGAAAGGGAUGGAAAUUGAUCGAGCUAUAAAAGAAAGCAGCGAUCGGAGGCUUCAGACCAAGUAUAACAACGCCGUCUACGUGAUCCAGAGAGCUUUCGCUCUCUACGAGUUUGAACAGGUUGCCUUCAGCUUUAAUGGGGGAAAGGACUCAACUGUUUUGCUGCAUUUGCUUCGGGCUGGAUAUUAUCUGCACAAAGAGAAAAUAAAUUAUUCCAAUGGGAACCAACCAGACUGCAUGCUGAAGUGUCCAAUUCGAACUAUCUAUUUUGAAUGCCCUUGUGCUUUCCCUGAAAUCAAUUCAUUCACUUAUGAAACUGCUGCUGCUUAUGACUUGCAACUGGAAAUUAUGCGCUCAGAUUUCAAGUCAGGUUUAGAAUCCCUACUAAAGGAAAAACCUAUCAAAGCUAUUUUUCUUGGUACCCGAAUUGGUGAUCCUAAUGCGGUUGGUCAGGAGCAGUUCUCCCCUAGUUCAACCGGAUGGCCUCCUUUUAUGAGGGUGAAUCCUAUCUUGGAUUGGUCAUACAGGGAUGUGUGGGCUUUCAUUUUAACCUGCAAGGUUAAGUACUGCAGUCUCUAUGAUCAAGGAUAUACUUCCAUUGGGAGCAUUUAUGAUACGGUUCCAAAUGCAUUGUUGAGCACUGCUGAUUCUUCAAGCACGAAAGAAAAUUUUAAACCUGCAUAUAUGCUGUCGGAUGGAAGACUAGAAAGGGCUGGGAGAGCAAAGAAGAUUUCUUCAAAGUGCGAAAGCACUCAUGUUCUAAGCAAUGGCAUGGAUAAUACUGGUGCACAUAGGAGCAGCUUUCUCACAGCAUCAAUCAUUGCUGUAGGUGAUGAGAUUCUGUUUGGGACUGCUGAGGACCAAAUAGGAGCAACAUUGUGCCAAAAGCUUUAUGCCACCGGUUGGCAAGUUGCCCAUAUAGCAGUUGUUCAGAAUGAUGUUGACUCUGUUGCUGAAGAAGUUGAACAACGGAAGUCUAGAGACGACAUUGUGUUCCUGUUUGGAGGACUGGGCCCUUUGCAUUCAGAUGUUUCAGUUGCAGGUGUUGCAAAGGCAUUUGGAGUUUGUCUAGCCCCUGAUGAAGAGUUUGAGGAGUCUCUUAGGCAUCUUAUAGGGGACCAUUGCACUGGUGACCAUAAUGAGUUGGCUUUGUUGCCUGAAGGCAUAACUGAGCUACUGCACCAUGAGACACUACCUGUGCCACUGAUCAAAUGCCGAAAUGUAAUUAUUUUUGCUGCAACAAAUAUAUGCGAACUAGAAACGCAAUGGGAGUGUCUUCUAGAAUUGUCAAAUACCCCCUUAGUGCAGAUGGCACCAUUCAUAUCAAAGCAUCUUAGCACCAUGCUUUCUGAUAUUGAAACUGCUCAGGUCAUAUCCAAAUUACGCAUGGAUUUUCCAGAUAUUUAUAUAGGAUGCCAUCGUAAGUCUAGAGCUGGUCCUCUGAUAAUAAGUUUUGUUGGGAAGAACAAGAUAAGGGUGGAACUGGCUGCUGAGAAACUGUCUCGAAGGUUCCAUGCAGGAGCAUUCUGUGAAUUUAGCUGUGACUGAUAUGAUAUUUGUUCUUCAAAUUUUUGCUGAGCAAGCUUUUUGUUCGCCAUACAAAGGUGGAUGGUGGAAAGAGAAGCCAAGCCUAUCCUGAGCUUGUAGGCUCUCAGCCCAACUGAAGAAAAGCAUGUUUCAUUAAUUUCUUACUUAGGAUGAAUUGAAGCUCAUCCUCAGCAUUUUGUAAUCAAUCCUCAUAAUAUUGAAGCUCAUGAUUCAUUUAUGUGUUGAGGAGAAUGAGGGAAGUAUGGAUGCAAAAUUGGUUGACUGUGAUGACAUCCCUACUAACGUGCAUGUGUAAUUCUUCUUGCUACAGUGCAAUCAAAAAUCAAUAAAUGAUAUA